CGGACAUUGCUGUCUGUCUGCUUGAAGAAAGGUCUCGCCACGUCGAAACCCCUGCAUGCGCUUGCUUAUUACAUAGGAUCCUGCCGUUUUGAAGAAGCUGACACCCAGACACGGGCGCCACAGGCAACGUCGCCCAACGUCGAGCAUCUUCUACUUACUUCGUCGCACUCGCUCGACUCUCCAUUCACUGCUGCAAUGACCGAACAGACUCCCGCAGCCAACCUCGUGGCUUCUGGUCAGGACUACGAAGACGAAAGCGUGCAUGGCGUAGAUGCACUGCAGGUCCAACAGCGUUAUGGCGAAGAGGCCGCGAAGCGCAUGCGUCAAGAUGGCAACAGCCAAUUUGUAGACGUCUCCUUGGACGGCAAGUUUGCCUCAUUCCUUUCCGAUCCGUGGGUCGAGAAGGAUAUGGUGAAAGAUGUCAGAGCCAUGUUCCCAAACAACGAGUGUCAAGUGCUGAUUCUGGGUGCCGGGUUCGGCGGGCUACUGUCCGCGAUCCGAAUGGUCGAGGUUGGCAUACGGCCGGAGGACAUUCGUAUCCUCGACAUUGCUGGCGGCUUUGGUGGGACCUGGUACUGGAACCGGUAUCCGGGGCUAAGCUGUGACAUCGAGAGCUAUUGCUAUCUACCGUUGCUGGAAGAGACGGGAUACAUCCCGCACCAUCGAUAUUCCCAGGGAGAGGAGAUCCGCGAAUAUGCCAACUUGCUCGCGAAGAAGUGGGGAAUUUCAGACAGCGCAGUAUUCCAGACGCAAGCCCAGAAGCUGGUCUGGGACGAGAAAUCCAAGGAAUGGCAGGUCAAGCUCACACAACAGCGCAGUGGCGAAGAGCCGAGAAUCAUCGACGUUCACGCGCAAUUCGUCGUGGCAUCCAACGGCGUUCUGAAUUGGCCGAAGCUGCCUGGGGUUCCGGGCAUCCUUGAGUACCAGGGCGACAUCUUCCACUCUUCGCGCUGGAACUACGCGCUCACGGGUGGAUCGCCGAGUGAUCCGUUGCUCACAAAACUGGAAGGGAAACGGGUCGCUAUCGUAGGCACGGGGGCGACGGCUAUCCAGAUUGUGCCAGAGCUUGCUCGUUGGGCCAAGCAUGUGUAUGUCGUCCAGCGCACGCCAGCGUCCGUUAGCGACCGACAACAGCGCACGACAGACGAAGAAUGGUUUCGCAGUAAUGUCGCGACAUCUAAGGGCUGGCAGCGAGAGCGCCUGCGCAACUUCCAUCAGCACUUCACCCUCGACCAACCGCCCUCGACCAACCUUUGUGACGAUGGAUGGACCCGUGCCCCGGCGCUGGUAGGCCUUGCGGGCAAUCCUGCAGGACCUCAGUCUAUGGAAGAGAUUCCAGCUUACAUGGGGAAGCUGCACGAGGUUGAUCUCCCUCGCCAGCAGGCGCUGCGGAGCCAUGUGGAGAGCGUGGUGAACGAUGCUGCUGUCGCAGAGAAACUUAAGGCUUGGUACCCCUCGUGGUGCAAGCGUCCGCUGUUCCACGACGAAUACCUCUCCACGUUCAACCGCUCCAACGUCACGCUCGUCGAUACCGUGGGCAAAGGCCUCGACAAGAUAACUGUAGACUCCAUCGUUGUGGGCGACCAAACCUACCCCGUUGACAUCAUCAUCUUCGCCACGGGCUUCCGCGCGCCGUUCAUCGGAUCGCCCGCAGAGAAGGCAAACGUAAGCAUCGUCGGCCGUGACGGCAAGUCGAUGAGCGAGGAGUGGGCUCGCGAGGGGCCGUCUACCUUACACGGCGUGCUUGACGCCAACUUCCCGAACCUUUUCCUGUCCGGGCCGUGGCAGGCAUCCAACAGCCCCAACUACCUAUUCAAUCUCGAUUUCCUGGCGAAACACUCUGCGCAUAUCCUCGGCGACGCGAAGCGGCAGGCUGAGGGAAAGCGGUUCGUUGUGAGCGUGACGAAGGAGGCGACGGAUGCGUGGGGGAUGCAGGUGCUCAUGCACUCUUUUCCAGGCGCGGCGAUACUGGGUUGCACACCGGGGUACUUCAACGUUGAAGGUGAGCUAGCUCGCGCGCCGCCGGAGAGGCAGAUGGUGAUUGCAAGGUCAGGUGUUUGGGGUCAUGGGAUUGAGUCCUUCUGCAGGGAGGUGGAGGCUUGGUACGAGAAGAGCAAUAUGCAUGGCAUUGAGGUGCAGACAGUAUUGUAAGUAGCUAUAGUGAUAGUAAGAAGUAGACUGGUAAAUGA